UCUGUGUUCCAGAAAUGGGAGUGUUCUCUGGCAGAACUAUUCCCUCUUCUGUCAUUCUUUUUUCUAAGUGAAUCUCUGAACUAAACACAGAGAGGCUUAAAGCUGGAGUUUGUUGUUGGACGAGCAUGGAUUUAAUGGAAUUGUUUUUCAUUUCUCUUGGUGCAGCAGUUGUUGUCUACUAUGGAGUGAAACUGCUGCUUUUCAGUAGGAUGCUUUUUCCAAAACUAUGGUUUCCACUGUCAAAGUCCUUUUUUACGUCCAUGGGAGAGUGGGCAGUGGUGACUGGUGCUUCAGAAGGCAUAGGAAGAGCAUAUGCAUUUAGGCUGGCUGAGCAAGGAAUGAACGUGGUAAUCAUGAGUAGAACCAAAGAAACAUUGGACCAGGUGGCCAAUGAGAUUGGCAAUACCACAGGACAGAAGGUGAAAGUGAUAGCAACAGACUUCAUAAAGGAAAAUGUCUUCAGUGAAAUUGAGGAGCAGCUUAGGGACCUCAGCAUUGGGGUUUUAGUCAACAAUGUAGGUGUUCUGCCCAACUUCAUCCCCUGCCAAUUCCUAGAGUGUGCAGAGCUGGAUCAGACCGUUACAAAGGUGAUAAACUGCAAUGUAAAAACUAUGGCCAAGAUGUGCAAAAUAAUCCUUCCAGGCAUGGAGAACAGGGGAAAAGGGGUGAUUGUGAAUAUUUCGUCUGGAAUUGCCACUAUUCCAUUCCCCUUGUACACACUCUAUGCUGCAUCUAAGGUGUUUGUGGAAAGAUUUUCUCAAGGUCUUCAAGCUGAAUACAAAGAUAAAGGGAUUAUUAUACAG